AGGAAUUUAAUAAAAACAAUGUUAUAUAAAUUAUAUAACACAUAAUUUCAGUAUUUGAAUUACUAGAUUUUUUUUUUAAAUUUUAACAUCGAAUUGAAAUUAUUGUUACAAAUGUUGCCUUUGAAACCACCAGUAUCUAAAAAAAAUGUAAAAAAUAUUAAACUGAUUAAUUUACCAAUUUUUGAUGAAAAUGGAGACGUUUUGGAUCAAAAUUCAUGGCCAAAAUACCAAGGAAUUUUUAAUGGGAGAGUUAUCAUCAUCAACAAUUUAAACGAUAAAUCCAGUCUUUACAAUUUGGGUUGUUUUGGACAAUUUGGUAUAAUUGACAAGGACAAAUUCAUAGAUUACAAAACCCUACAAAAUCAAGUGUUGAGACAAAAAAAAAAUUGGCAAGCCAUGGAAUUAGUGCCUUUUGAUUUUCCUUAUAACAACCAAAAUGAGGAAGAUGAGAUAAAUGUACAAACUAAAUUUCAAAAAGCUCAUGAUACUAAUAAACCAAUUUUUAGUAAUUGGAAAGAAUUAAAAUCAAGUCGUUCUACAGAAUAUGAACAAUUGUUAAUUCUAUCUGGUGUUCAACAUGAAUUAUCAUACUUUUUACUUUUGGAAGAAGCUUUUUUUUUAUGUUACACAUUAGAAUGUUUGGAAAUGCGAAAAGAAAAUGGCUCUUUAAUGAGUGUAGUUGAAUGUUGGAAGCAAUUUAAUGGUUUAAAAAAACAUUUUCCAUAUUAUUAUGCAGCUUAUCAUUAUUAUAGAUCAAAAGGUUGGGUUGUUAAACCUGGACAACAGUAUGGUGGAGAUUAUGUACUGUACAAAUCAUCACCUAAUUACUAUCAUUCUUCAUACGUGGUUGUGAUCAGUGCUAAUGGUCAAAAUAGUGAAUUGUUACCAUCAUGGCCUUCAUGGUAUGGAUGUGGUCGAGCAAUAGAAGCCGCCAAUAAAGAUUUGCUUAUAUGUACAGUUCUUGGUCCUGCGUAUGAAGAAGAAAUGCUAAUUGAUCUGUUACAGUACACAGUUAAUGACACUAUUGUAAGACGUUGGGUGCCAUCUCAAAACAGAAAAAAACCUCAAUGUUGUUAAUAUGAGUAAACCUUACACAAAAAAAAUAGUAUAUUGUGUGACUAAAAACAAAAAUAUACAGAUUUAAUGACUAUA